AUGAACGUCAAGAAAAUUCAUACAACUAUGCAAUCACCUGAGCGGUUAAGGGAGAGUCUUCAGAAAAUUAACAUACAUAUGACUGAGAAGGACCUGGUUGAUAAGACAAUGAUUGAUAACUCUACAUCAGAUUAUCCAUCCUUGUUUGAUCCCAUAUACAUGAACUCUUCAAAUAGAGAAUCAAAAGGAUUGCUCACCAAGAAUAUUCCUACCACUCAAAAGACAUUCUCCUUCAAACGUAAUGUUAAUAGUAUCAAAAGAUGAGCAACUCAGAACUCAAAAUAACAGAUCUAAGAAAAAGCUAAGAAAUACCCAAAAUUCAGAGAACAGAAAUGCCAGCUCUCCUUGGGAGAAUAUAGACAAAAAGUUUGAGACAAUUAAUUGCUCCCAGACUGCAACGAGAGAUGAAGAUCUCAGCAAAGGGACUACCAAAAUCUCUAGCAACUGUCCUAAGUUGAGCUCUAAAAAUAAAUCAUCAAAAUUAUCCAAACUUCCGCUUAAAAAGAUUCAAAAAUAGAAAUCAGUCGAUGACGAUCUUUGAUAAGCACAUCAAGGACAUUGUCCAGCAGCAGCAUGAUAGCCAUAAGCGUCAGGAAAAGAACCAGGAGCGACUGCUCGACCACCGUUAUAAGCUCACCUGAGAAGAUAUCAAUGACAAGGUAGAUACAGCCAUGUUAGAUUUAAAUAAAUACACGGAUGAUGCCCUUCUUAAGUCAGCUGAGAGAGCUCAGAAUGAGAUCAGUGAAGCUCUUGAAGACCUCCUCAAAAACUGCAGGGGCAAUAAAGAUGUGUACAACACGUUCAGGAAUAUCUCAAGGAGCCAAUUUGAGAUCUUCAAUCUCACCAAGUCGCUUCACUUAAGAUACAAGGUAGUCACUGAUGAUUUUAUUAAGCAAAAGGAAGCUCAAUUUAGAAAGAUGAAGGAAGAAAUUACCACCUCCUUGCCACCUCCCAGAGACCCAAAGAUCUCCACCUUCGAAGCGAUGAAACAGAUUGACCAGUCUAUUCAAGAGCUGCUUGAAGACCCCACUCAGAAGAGGAAAGAUGGGUUCACUGCUAAGAAGUUUUCUGGAGUAGAUGACAAGCUCAAUGAGGUCUAUAGGUACCUUGGAAUGAUUAAGAAUGACAGGAUAGAAGCCAGCUCUCUCUUGUCAAGAAGCACUAAUUUUGAUGAUGUCCAAGGUUUCGUCAAAAAUCAAGCAAAAGCAUUACAGCUUACUUCCUCGAGAUUUUUAGCUGAUAAACUCGCUCCGAUCAAGCCAGCGAUGGUGACCAGAGGAACCCAAGACAACUAUGGAGGAAUGUUUCUUAAUGAAGUUGAUAGACUUAACAUAAAAGUUCAUGAAAGAGAGAAAACUAUCAAAAUAAAAGAAACUCAGUUACAAGAAAUUCGAGAGAAAUACACGGUGCUUUCCAGAGAUGUCAAUGGUAAUAACAUCAAGAUGAGGAAUGCUGUUCUCAAGGUCGAAAUGCUUGAGAAAAAGUUAGAAGAAUAUCGUCGCCAAAUCACUCUCAAAAGCCGUAUAAUCGGCUCAUACGAAGACCAAAUUUCAGAAAUCACCAAUUCCGCCUAAGAAAACAAUCAUAAAGCUCAAAACCCAACUCAGGGUCCUCUCCAGCAAGCUUUCCAAAAAGGAAGAAAUCCUGGACAAGCUAAAACAAUCUACUCUCUUAAAGCCAAAUUCCACCAAAUCCAAGUCCAAAAUCGAAAAAAUUAUAGAAGAAGCUGAAAAGGAAGCCCAAAUUGACCAUAUCGAAGAAGAAGAUGCUUAUAGUG